AUCGCCUGUACAGGAAGUAAAUAAAAAGUAUUCCCGCGUAGUUUCGUGUUUUCAAACGAUUCCUAAAUGCAAUUAUUUGACAAAAUGGACGAGCUUUAUCUGGAUAACAUCGACGAGUACGUCAACGACCACGACAGGAUAGUGACAUAUAAAUGGCUGAGUCUCACUCUUGGAGUCCAUGUUAACACAGCUAAACAAAUGCUAUAUCACUACCUGGAUCACAAAAGGAAGGAGAGCUCAGCUCAGCUCCAUGCAACGUACUUGGUGUCGGGAAAGUUUGUGGAUAAUGGUCACACGAGUCAUAAGGUGUCAGUGGUGCGCGAGGAGCAACUGGAAGAUUUCAAGUCCAAGAUGAGUUUGAUUGUGAGCGUGCACGUUUACAGCGUCCAGAAAGCUCUACUAAGGGACAGCGGGCCGCUCUACGCCGUCGACUAUGAUGCCGUCAAAGACAACCUGCUCAACUGUAGCAAGUACAGCGCCAUCCGCUGCCCCGGUGCCAUUCCCAUGUCCUCAGUGGAACGCAACACGCGGCAAGCUCCGGCUCCUCCUGUUCCAGAGCCGCAACAGAGCAAGAAGCCUUCCACGAUCGGUGACGCUGCUUCCAAAGCCACGGCGACCAACGGCAUCAUGGGAAUGUUCGCCGGUAAAGUCGCAGCGGUUAAGAGCCAAGACGGUGGGAAAGAGGUUAAGUCACCUCCUCAGGAAACAGCGGAUGAGGUGGAUGUCCCUAAAGGUAAAGCAUCGGCAAAAUCCAAUCACCUGAUGAACUUCUUUGGCAAUCAAAGCACGAAGAAACAAAAGAAGCCUGUAAAGAAGGAGGAAGAAGCGGCAACGCAGUCUUCCUCGUCGCAGCUGCAAGAGCCGGAAAAAAAGCAAGAAGAAAAGGUCACGGCGGAACUGCCGAAGCACAACAAAAAAGACGCAAGCAAAACCAAACGUCAGCAGAGUUCUGACAGUGAGGAGGAGAAGAUGGAGAAGAAGAAGCGUCGAAGGAUCAAGAAGCCAGUGCCCGACAGCAGCGAAGACGAAGACGUCAUUCCAGAUUCUCCACCACUGACGGCAAUGAAAGAACUAUCGCCAGAGCCUGCCAAGGAACCUGUUUCACAUCCCGGACUCCCCGGGAAUACUAAAAUACGCAAGCGCAGACGUGUGCUGAAGUCUCAAACCUUUGUGGACGACGAAGGUUGCAUCGUGACAGAAAAAGGCUACGAGAGCGAGUCGUACUCGGAAGACGAAAGCACUGCCCCCGCCUCCAUGCAAGUGGCGACGAAAAAUCAGGCCAGAGCAAAAGCGUCGGCGAGCAAUGUUAAGAAAGGUCAGAAGAAAACAACAGAAAACAAAGCGACGAAACAAGCUUCCAUUAUGGGAUUUUUCCACCGGAAGUGAUGGACAUGAUGGACAUACACUUAUUCUGCAAAAGCUUCUGGUGCUUUCAUACAGCUGUAAUAAAACUCAAUAAACACUCA